AUGUCUAACAGUGUAUAUAGAUGUGUCGAACGUGGAAUCUCACUAAAACACUUUGAGGAUAACUCUGAUCUGGAAGUCCAAGCAUCAACCCAUUCCUGUGACAAGCCUUUCCAAUGUGGGAUGUGUUUCAAGUGUUUCUCUUACAAGUGUCACGUUAAGCGGCACAUGAGGAUCCACACUGAUCCACGACUGAAUCAACGUGAGGCCAGCAUCAAAUGCUAUCGCGUGAAUGUUUUAUUCCAAAAGCACAGGUUCAUUCACCCUGAGGUUCAGGAUUUCAAUUGUGAUGUGUGUGGAGAACGUUUCUCCAGCAUUUGCAACUUGAAACAUCAUAACAUGUUGGUUCACAAGCCUUCCAAAUCCUUCAAGUGCCCAGAGUGUUCAAAGUGUUUCACUCGACCUUUCGUCUUGAAACAACAUAUGUUGCUCCACAGCGGCGUUAAGCCACACAAAUGUGAUGUAUGUGCCAAACGUUUCACUCAGCGCUCCAACUUGCGUGCACAUAUGUUAGUUCACCUUGAUGAUAAGCAUUUUAACUGUGACGUGUGUGAAAAGAUUUUCUCACAAAACAAAUCCUUGAAAAGACACAUGUUCAUUCACACUCAUGAUAAACCUUACAGGUGUGAUGCGUGUGGGAAACACUUCUCACGAAAUUCUAACUUGAAAGAACACAUGAUCACUCACGUUAAACCUUUCAUAUGUGAGGUGUGUGCAAAACGUUUCUCCCGUAACAGAAACUUGAAAACACAUAUGUUGAUGCACUCUGGCGUUAAACCUUUUGUGUGUGAUGUGUGCAAAAAGGGCUUUUCGCGCAAUGCCAACUUGAGACAGCAUAUGUUGAUACACACUGGUAGGGAAACUUUCAGAUGUGAGGUGUGUACCAAGUGUUUCCCACUAAGCACCUACUUGAAACAGCAUAUGUUGGUUCACUCUGGUGCUAAACCAUUCAAGUGUGAGGUAUGUGGAUGUUGUUUUUCACACAAUGCCAACUUGAGACAGCAUAUGUUGGUUCACUCUGGUGCUAAACCAUUCAAGUGUGAGGUAUGUGGAUGUUGUUUUUCACGCAAUGCCAACUUGAGACAGCAUAUGUUGGUUCACUCUGGAGAAACACGUUUCAAAAGUGAACCUGCACACGGUGAUUCCCCACUAUUCUCAGCUUGA